GUAGUCAAGGAAGGGGUGAUCCUAUUCGUAGAAGAGAUUUAAGUUAUUACAAGCAGCCAAACAGACGGUAUUAAGCUCCAACUCCGAAGACCCGUGAGAACUGAGAACUAGACUCGGCCUUUGUGGCUUUUCUUCUAAUUGGUUUCUUCUUCUUCGCUCAACCAAUCGAAGUAUUAUCCUGAUAUUAAAGAUUGUCAGGAGAAGUGAUGGAAAGCCAAAAUCAUUUAAGGGCACACUGGACACCGGCAAUGGAGAACUAUUUUAUUGAUAUGAUGUUGGAUCAGGCGCACAGGGGAAAUAGGAUGGGUCAUACUUUCAAUAAACAAGCUUGGAAUGAUAUGUUGAUGAUGUUCAAUGCCAAAUUUGGAUCUCCUUAUGAUGUGAAUAUGUUGAAAAGUCGUUACACAAAUUUGUGGAAGCUAUUCAACGAUGUAAAGAAUCUCCUUGAUCAAAACGAAUUUUCUUGGGACAAUAGUCGACAAAUGGUGGUUGCUGAAAGAUAUGUUUGGGAUGCCUACAUAAAGGCUCACCCGGGUGCACAAUUCUAUAGGAACAAAACUUUGGUGAACUUCAAUGAUUUGUGCUUGAUAUAUGCACAUACUACAGCUGAUGGGAGAUACAGCCUUUCAAGUCAUGAUAUAGAGUUUGAUGAUGACAUCCAACCAAUGAAUAUGGGUGUGGGUUUUGCUAUUGGUGUGAGUAACCUUGGUUCUACAACUAAAGAGAGGCCAAAAACUAAUUGGACACCAGCCAUGGAUCGUUAUUUUUUGAAACUUAUGCUUGAACAACUGAACAAGGGCAACAAGAUCAACAAUGCUUUUAGGAGACAAGCAUGGAAAGAUAUGUUGAAUUUGUUCAAUACAAAAUUCAGCUGUCAGUGUGGCAAAAAAAUCUUGAAACAUCGAUUUAAAAAAUUGCUCAAGUAUUAUACUGAUCUAAGGAGUAUACUUGGAGAAAAAGGAUUCUAUUGGGAUGAAAAACAACAAAGGAUUGUAGCUGAUUCUAUUCUUUGGGAUAAUUACAUUAGGGCACACCCAGAUGCACGUUCCUAUAGGAAGAAACCUUUGCUAAACUAUCAAGAUUUGGGCCUAAUAUAUGGAAAUGCAAUUAGCAAUGGAGUUUCUCAUCACUUUCAGAGAGGGAAAAACAUUGAUGAUGACAUUGUACAAUUCAAGACUGGUGAAGAUGGGGAAGGGCAUUGUGCAGGAGAUGAUCACCUGGCUUACUCUGAAAAGGAUCCUGACAGUGAAGGUCCAGAUUUGAUGAUUAAUGAGGAAGAAGUUCAGAGUGAUAUCAAUGGUGAUCAUUCAAGAAUAGAUUGGACGCCUUCAAUGGACCGUUGCCUCCUUGAUAUUAUGCUGGAGCAAGCGCAAAAGUUGCACAAGAUUGAUCACUCCAUCGACGACCAAGCGUGGAUAGAUAUAGUGGCAUUGUUCAAGGAUAGAUUUGGAUUGCUAUAUCAUAAAGAUGUUUUGAGGAGUCGCUCUAAGAAUUUGGAGAAACAGUACCUUGAUAUGAAGGAUCUUCUUGGACAGAGGGGUUUUUGGUGGGAUGAAAUGCAACAAAUGGUCAAAGCCUAUGAUGAUGUUUGGGAUACUUAUAUUGAGGAACACCCAGGAGCAAAAUCAUACAGAGCCAAAUCUAAGCCUAACUACAAUGAUUUGUGCUUAAUAUAUGGAGAUUCAACAGCUAACAGACGAUGUAACCGAGCAGGUCAAUAUGUUAGUUGCAAUGGAGUCAAAUUAAACAAUAGCUACCACCGGAAAAAUGAUUGGACCCCAGUGAAGGACCGAUAUUUUAUUGAUUUAAUGCUAGAGCAAGUUCGCAAUGGAAGCAUGCUUAACCAUAAAUUUAGUAAAUUAGCUUGGACUGAUAUAAUUGCAAAGUUCAGCGCAGAAUUUGGUUCUCAGUAUGACAAAGAUGUGUUAGAAAGCCGUUCUCUGAAUUUGAGGAAACGCUUCAUUGACAUGAAAAGUCUACUUGGCCAGGAUGGUUUUGUUUGGGAUGAGAUGCAACAAAUGAUAAUUGCUGAUGAUGAUCUCUGGGAUGCUUAUGUCCAGGAGUACCCUGACUUGAGAUCAUACCGUUAUAGAGCCCUCCCAAAUUUGAAUGAUCUAUACUUGAUAUUUGGAGAUGCAGACACUACACAAAAAGACAGUUAUUCCAGUCACUUAAUGGAUAGCGAGGAUGAUGACCUAGAAGCAAAUAUUGGAGAAGAAGAUGACCAAUCCCCAGCUAAUGCUUCUCCUCCCAGGGUGUAUCCUGAUGCAGUUUCCUACGGGGAUGGUUAUAGCUCCACUGAAUUGUGGGCGGCUUUUGGUUAUGGUGUCCCCAAUGGAAGAUCACAUGCGAGCACAGAAAGGGAAAUGGAAAACAUUUUCCCAACUAUGAGGAUGGAUGAUGAUAAUACAUUUUGUGACCUGCAAUCCCCAGAGAGGGAAUUUGAAAUAUCUGAUCAGCGAAAAAAGCGAAAAUCUACAAGUUUUUCAAAACCAGAAGGUAGAAAAAAAGAAAGAAGAAUCAUUAAGGAGGAAAUGAAGAAAGAAACACUUGAUGAGAAGGGAGGUAUGGUAAACUGGCUUCAAAGUAGUGAAGAAGAAGAAGAAAAGGACUACUACUGCUCAAUUGAAAAGAUUGUAGCUGCACUUGAAACAGUACCAGAUAUGAAUGAGGAGCUCUUCUUGGAAGCUUGUGAACUUUUGGAAGAUGAGAGUAAGGCCAAAAUGUUUGUUGCCAUGGAUGUAACAGCAAGAAAGAAGUGGUUGUUAAGAAAACUCCUCCGAUAGCAUAUGUUACUUUGGCAACUCGUAAAAAUUAGAUGAAGUUGUAUAUGAAAAGAAACGCUCUUCGCAUAUGCUUGUUUGGGACCUGUCAAACUUAAAAGUUACUCUUUUUUUUUAAAAAAAAUAUCCUUUCCCCUAAAA